AUGCUAAUUGAUUUCCUGACUGAUGAUGAUAAAAACAAAGAACAGAGUAGAAGAUUAGAAAAAGGAUUCAAGUUCGCUUGUCACAUUUUUCUGGUUCACUUGUUGCGACAGAAUCAAUUUCUAAUGUCGCCAUCAACAGGCAUUGACAAAAUCGAUCUCAAAAUUGGUCUUUUAAUCAUGGCACAAGCAGUUUUAUUGCCAUUUCCAGUCGCUUAA